AACUGAUACAAGGAAAGAUAGAGGCUGAGAGAAGUUCAGUUACUGGGGAAUCCCACUCACUCAUAGGAUAGAUUCCACAGCUAUAGACUUCAUAGCUUCUGCAGAAAUAAAAUGGAGCUGUACCAAAUGGACAAUUUAACCAUCAGAUUUAUUUUUCUCACUUGACAUUUUUGCAUUUAAUUAUUUUGUUUGUAUUUAUUAAACUGGGUUCGAAAUCCCAUCCUCUGGCGGAUUCUUGGAGCUUCUUGUUUUCUGUUUGCAAUUCCCAAACUUCAUUUGAUAAAUCUGGAAGAUUAGAGAAUGCAAGCUGGUCCGGAGCCAGGGCUCGAGAGAGGGGAGAGCUGAGCGGCGGAACAGGCGAACAAGGACUGGGAGCUGGGAGCGAGCUGAGAUGCAGCCUGGAGCUGUCAAUCUGCUCCUGCUCCUGCUCCUGGGAUGUCUCGGCUGCAGGUCAGGAGGAGCAGACAGGCGGAAGGCACAAACAUUACGAUGCGAGGGACAGUCCUGCAACCCUUCAGUGGGGAACCUGGUCAUCGGGAGGUCAGUGCAGACUUUAACAACAUGCGGUGUCAAUGGAGUGGAGUUAUACUGCUCCUUCCUCAACAGGGAGGCUCCCAGAGACCUGGCCUCCAUCUGCACGCACACAACCUGCUCCAAGUGCAAUGCCAAGCAGCCAGGAUAUUCCCACCAGGCUUCCGACAUGACAGACAGCUCCUUCCAUCACCGGAAUAGCUGGUGGCAGUCUGCCCAAGGAGUGCCCAGGGAAGAGAUCCGCCUGGAUUUGGAAACUGAAUUCUACUUGACGCACGUCGUCCUGGUGUUUAAGUCGCCCAGGCCGGCAGUCAUGGUACUGGAGCGCUCGCAGGACUUUGGCAGAAGUUGGAGACCCUACAAGUAUUUUUCCAGGAAUUGUACAGAGACGUUCGGGAUGGUGGAUGACUCCGAGCUGGAGAACUCACUCUGCACUUCCAGAUAUUCCAACCCACUGCCCUGCACCAAUGGCGAGGUAAUAUUCCGUGCCUUAUCCCCCGCCAACAGGAUUGAAAAUCCUUAUGGUCCGGAUGCUCAGGACCUCAUGAAACUGACUAAUCUCCGUCUCCACUUGCUGAGACAGCAGGAGUGCCCUUGUCAGCCUGGGACACUGAUGGAGAAGCCUCAGAGAUUUGCCCAUUACGCAGUCUAUGACUUGAUUGUCCAGGGAAGUUGCUUCUGUAACGGGCACGCUGAGGAGUGUCAGCCAUCAGGUGAGGCCAAGCGAAGGAGCAGGAACACACAUGCCAUGGUACAUGCCAAGUGUGUCUGCAGGCAUAACACCGCUGGGGACCACUGUGAGAGGUGCGCUCCCCUCUACAAUGACCAGCCAUGGCAACCGGGGGAUGGAAAAACCGGAGCACCGAAUCAAUGUGCAAAAUGCCAAUGCCACGGCCACGCCAUGAGCUGCCGCUUUGACCACCGAACCUGGUUCGCAUCGGGCAAACGGAGCGGAGGAAUCUGUCUCUCCUGCCAGCACCACACAGAAGGUCGGCACUGCCAACGCUGUGCACCUGGUUAUUACAGAGACCACGAGAAACCGCUCUCAGCACCUGAUGCCUGCAAACCGUGCUCCUGCCACCCAGUCGGAUUGAGCAACUCACCAUUUCACAGAAGCAGGAAAUGUGAUGGAAAGAGUGGGUACUGUUACUGUCGGCCCGGAGUCGGGGGCCCACAGUGUACCCACUGCCUGGUGGGCUACUGGGGUUUCGGAGAGUCAGGAUGCCAACCCUGUGAGUGUGCAGGAGCAUGCGAUCCCCAAACUGGCCGGUGCCUGGACAGCUUUGAAAAUGAACAAAUUCACAAUAUUCCCAUCGGUGGGAGAAUUCCGGACCUGAAUCAUUUCCCGAGCAGUGAGAACACAGGGGCCUGGAGCUGGGAAGAUGAACAGGGAUUCUCAGCUCUUCGACAUUCUGAGAAGUGCGUCUGCAAGGAGAUGUUACUGGGAAAUGCUGUGUAUUUUUGUCGGAUGAAUUACGCCUACGUCAUCAAGGCGAAGGUCCUUUCUGCUCAUGACAAGGGAACUCAUGCUGAGGUCAACGUCAAGGUAAAGAAGGUGAUGAAAACUGGGAAAGUGAAAAUCACCCGCGGUAACUGGAGUAUUUAUCCGGUGUCCUGGACAAAGCGGGGAUGUACAUGCCCUUUACUGAACCCUGGCACGGACUAUCUGAUCGCAGGCCACGAGGCAAGUCACGUGGGCAGGCUCCUGGUCAACAUGAAUAGCCUCGUCACGCCCUGGAGAGCAGGCAUGGCCAAACGGGUGACACACAACCUGCACAGGAGCUGCAAGUGACUGCCACUGCACCCACACCAGCAUCAAGCUCAGCUGCGUGUAGAGCCCGCCUUUCACCGCGUUGUGUGUGCAAUUGCAGCCCCCUCCCCAACCAAAUCCACACUCCCUUCCCAUUUGGCCAAAGUCCAGGGGGCCUCUGGAAAAUUACAAAAUGACACCACUCCAGCUACUUUCUCUAAACCAUGGAUGAACCAUGCACUCGGCAAUGACUGAACGCUUCAAUCCCCUCUUCCUUUGGCCUGUUUGUUACCAUGAGUCCUGACCAUCAAACAAUAUGAUAACAACACUUCUGACCCUCCGCCUUCUGUGCUCAGCCUGCACUCUAGGUGGCACUGCAUUUGGAGUUCAUAUCUACAAUGGUUUCUCAAACUUUCUGCUACUCUGAAUCCAACCAUUCAGGUGGUUAAUUUUCAAAAUGUUGCUAUAGUUUGUAUUUUCAGUAC